AUGGCGAAACGGAAACGAUCGAGGGACAAGAAUGCUACGGAACCAAACACGAGUCGAACACCCCCAUCCGAUUUUCACUCGAGCGAAGAGGACAUUUACAUGCUCUGCACUCCGAACACUAAAACUGUACCAUCGAGCGCGGAAAAAAGCGCUUCGAGAAAGCUAACACCGAAACAGAUUGCCCUUCGUUUGCACCGUGAAAAAACCCGCGCCCUGAAGGAACAGGAGAAGGAGGAAAAGCGCCUUCAGCUGCAGAAAGAGAAAGACGAAAAGGCACGCGAAAAAGAAGAACAAGAGCGCCAGCGGCGAAAGGAACGCGAAGAAAAGGAGGAACAGAAGCGCAAGGAACGCGAAGAAAAGGAAGAUCUGAAGCGCAAGGAGCGCCUGGAGAAGGAACAAGCGAAGCAAAAGGAGCGCGAGGAAAAAGAGGAGCAGCGGCGUAAGGAGCGCGAAGAGAAGGAAAAACGGCGCCAAGAUGAGGUGGAGCAAAAGCUCGAAGAAAAGCGCCUCAAGGACGAAGAGCGGCGUCGAAAGGAGGAGCAAAAAGAAGAGGAACGGAAGCGCAGAGAUGAAGAGAAAGAGGCAGAGGAAAAGAAAAAGCAAAAGGUGGCCGAAGCGUUCACGAGCUUUUUCGUGAAGAAGCCAAGUGCAGCGACCAGCGGCGUCUUGAAAGCAUCCGAUGAUGAAAAUUCUCUCGGAAACCUGUCAACGGGUGGAGAAGGAAUGGAGGUGGCGCUUUCAACCGGCACGGGAACACCUCCAAGGUUCAUGCCGUUUUGUGUCAAGGGUGACAUGCGAUUGGCGCCCACCACUAGAGCCAUCCUCGAUUCCACGCAAAAGACAACAUUGGACGCUUUUUUGGAAGAAAGAAGCUUUGUCGCCCUCAAACCGGCAUUGGGCAUCGAUAAGCUCUACCUUGGAGAGCUUACGAGCCGCUGCCAUAAUCCACGAACAUCGGGAAAAACCUGGAACACAGAAGAGGAGGAAGAUGAAAACGACAUGAUGAUUGGCGAUGACGAAACAGUGUGCCACCAGAUCGAGGAGGAUCCAGAAAAGAUGAAGCAACGGUUCAAAGUAAAGUUCUUCCUUUUCGAUGAAAACCAACGGCCACCGUAUCGGGGAACGUGGCGAAAGCGCAGCCAACAGAUCAGUGCUCGGCGACCGUUUGCUUUGGAUACGAAAUUUUUUGAUUAUGACGUGGAUUCGGACGAUGAAUGGGAAGAGGAGGAACCGGGAGAGUCUCUGCACGGUAGUGACGAUGAAAAGGACGUAGAUCACGAGGAGGAUUACGAGGUGGACAAUGAGUUCUUCGUGCCUCAUGGCCACUUAAGCGACGAGGAACUGCAAGCUGAGGGUGAAGACGCCGAUGGAAACCCUGAGCUGGACGAUAACAGGCCGCAGGUUCAGAAGGCCAAGUUGAAAAUCCUGCAGCAGGAGUUUGUGGCAGAAAUGAAGAAGAAAACGGAGAAAAUAAAGCCCCGCUUAAUUGGGUGCAUUUGGGAGAACGGUGGAUACAAAACUGGGCACACUGCCCGUCCGGACUGCUCCGCCAUCAUCUGGAAGAUGUUGACUGAUCGGGCUAUGCUUUACGACCCUGCCGAGCCAAUCUCUUUCACGCUACCAUCGGCCGGGCCCACUAACGACUCUGAAGCGGAUCCGGAAGCCCAAUCUCCAGGGAAAGAGAAUGAGAAAGGCCCGAAACGGGUACGCAUAACGGACGAUGCAGUGUGCGACUUGAUGCGGCUGGUGCACGGCAAUACAAACAAGAGUAAAUUUCUGGUGCGAGAGUUUCAGGCGUUUUGGAGGAAUUUAAACACGGUUACGUUCAGUUUGGAAAGCAUACACCUCAAGAUACGGGAAGUAGCAAGCUGGGGAGUGUGCACGAUCGAUGGCCCGAUGCUAGGAAAGCUUUGUUGGACAGUGGACGAUGAAAUUUUGAAAAUGCACAAGCUCACCACGCUGAUACUGCCGAACGAAUGGAAGUAUAGUCUGGAAGGAAACAAUCAAGCACGACGACACGCUGCAAAACGGCGGGCACAAGAGGAAACCCAAGAGACAGGGCAGCAGGCAGAUGAAUCUGUAAGAAAUAAGGAUCCGGCACGGAAGAAGGUUAAGCACAGUAACGGACAUGUCACACUGAAAACGCAGUCCGUUCCGAACGCACCCGCGACCGUCAGCAUAACAAAGUUUACGAAGAAGCUUUCAGCGGACGAAAAGAAGAAGAUGCUUACGGGAAGUGAAAAGAAUUCACCUAAACAACGCGAUGCUUUGGAAGUGCCGGAAACAGUAACCUCUCCAAAGCCUGUCGACAGCAAACCGAUCAAAAUGGGUGCCACACCGUCGCCUACAUUGAAAAAACGGGCCCAGCUGUUGUCGGUUCCGCGGCUUUACGUGAAUUAA